GCCUGUCCUCACGAGUGUUCCAGGGAGAGGAAGCAUGCCGCAACGAGGACUGGUUGAAGAUUACCAAAGAAUAUACAGUGGAUAGCUUUAAAGCGGCUUCCAUGUUAAGGGCUAUCCCACGUCCCUUGAGAAUAGUCGCCCACUGGCUUUCCUCUGAUUGUGGCCUGGUUCGCAGGGAACUCUCUUGCGCCCGCGAGAUUAUUUCUCCCGUAAUCGCGAACAGACGUCUACUGAAAGCUCAAGCUCAGGCUGAAGGCAAGCCGAUACCUUUCUAUAACGACGCAGCCGACUGGGCAGAAACGGAAGCCAAUGGUCGACGAUACGACCCGGCUACAUUACAACUAGUCCUCUCGUUCGCCGCUAUUCACACCCGGACUGAUCUGCUCGCACAUACCUUGAUCCUUCUGGCUGAUGAUCCUAUCUUGGUAGAUGCUCUCCGAUUGGAGAUGGUUGAAGUUCUACGCACUUAUGGAUGGCAGAAGGCCGCGCUGUAUAAUUUAAAAUUGCUUGAUAGCGCAUUGCAAGAGUCACAGCCUGUCAAGCCGAACGGGAUGCGGGAGCUGCGAUCUAACCUAGUGGUCUGACGACAUUUCAUACUAACGAGGCCUCCUACAGUCCCCAUGCGUCGAUACGCUAGGAAGGACCUCAGCCUUAACGAGGAUGUCACAAUCCGCAAAGGGCAACGCGUCUGUGUAGACGGCUGCAAUAUGAUGAAUCCCGAGAUCAAUGACCAACCGGAAAAGUACGACGCUUACUGCUUUUUACGAAUGCGCGACAAGCCAGGCUUUGAGAACAAGGCACAUCUAGUGGCCACCAGCCCUGACCACAU